ACACAACAAUGACCGAGCGGAAGUUCACCCGUGGGCUUAACAAGCCCGGCAUGGCGGCACAGCUAAGGGAAAACAUCUCACAAGUUGUACGUGAAUCUACUUCACUUGUAAGUUCGCCGAAGAAAACACAACCGUCCCGCUUGCUGUCUCAUUGGAUGUGUAGAUGUAUAGCACAGACCCAAAAGGGCAUUCUGUUAUUUGGCAUUUUCUGAAGUUGCCUGUUUUCGGUUUCACAUCAUUUCAUAUUUUACAUGCAUAUUGUUUUGCGGUAUGCAUAAUCCUUUCCCAUUCCCUUCGCACAGUUUUGCAUAUUAUUAACACCUUGACCCUCGAGGAAGGACACACCGUUCAGUUGAAACCGCUCCUGAUGAUGCUCGGACACGGUCUGUUUAUAUUGUUGCGAAAAAAAUCUAAUUAUGCUUGGCUUGGAAUUAAUCUGCCCUCCCUGCAGGAGAUCACACGGGAAGUGCAUCGUCGGCUUACAUCGUUCGCUUUGCCAUAAAUAUUUUUAAAAAAGAGUUCCUAAACAAAAAAACCUUACCGUUCGGCUUCUCCCGUUUGCCGAAUUGCCAUGAGUCUGUCAAUUUUUCCCCUGCCGUAAAGAUUAACCGGGUGUAGCGGGGGUCUAAUGCAGCUAGUUUGAGUGAGAAUGUGUUUUACAUUAUGUGGUGUAUUUCACACCAUGACCAAUAACCUACCGGUCGCUUCGGGGCAUGAUGGUUUUCUCGUUUACAGAAUGUCCACUAAAAGUUUGAUUCCAGUCUGAUGAUCCGAUGCCGACUUUGCUUACGUCUUUGCUUCGUCAGCGAAUUUACGAUUUUAUGGUUCUACUGAUUCUUAGUGCUGCAUUUUCGCGCCUCCACGUGUAUAUGCUUUUUAUGAUUUAUAUUCUUGACUUUUGGAUGCAUUCGUUUAUUCACAUUUCGAGCGAAGUUCACCAAAGCGAGUAAAAAAAGGUAAAAGCGAUUCUUUUUACCCAUUUUAGCUGAUGCAUUCUGUAGCGAAACGGCUCCCAAGGGAAGAAUAAAUUUUGGCUUUUAACAGCAUCGUGGAUUUUUAUGAUUGUUCCUACGUUUGAAACAAGAAAAAAACGGGGAAAGCAAAACACAUAACAAAAGAACAAUCAAAGGUUCUUUGGCUAAUUUCUGUCCCUUUUUCUCAGCAGUGCAGCAAGCAGAUACCGCUUCUACGGUUUUGGAACGUGACUGCAGAAGAACAUUAUUACUGCGUCCGGCCAAUUGCUUGAACCGCUCAUUUGACUCUAGUGUGUGGGGAAUUGCAUGUUACCUGGUAGAUACGCUGAGUUUUGCAUUUUACACAAACGAUGAUUUUCGCUCGGUUUGCAUGAUCAUUGCACUGCUGAAAUGGUGCAUCACAGGUACAAUACAGUUUUGUAAAUUUGUGGUUGUUUUCAUCCCGGUUGCAUCGGGAUGGUGUUUCGUGUUAUUCGAAAUGAUUCUAUCUGAAUGUAUGAACAAUUUGCUGAACGGUACAUAAAAUGUAAGUUUUCUAUAUUUACUUCUUUGUUUCUAUCUUAAAAUUUAGUUUUAGUCAUUUAUAUUUUAUAAAUCAAAUUGAAUUUUUAUUGAUUUGAAAUUUUAGUAUGAUACAGUCUUCUUAUAUUUAAUUAGAAAUGUAAUUGAUGUAAAACUGCUAUUCGAAGUUUAUGUCCGAUAAAUGAAAGCUAUCGGACCAUAGUGCAGAUUCAAACAAUUUAGUUUCACUAGCGCCCACCAGGUGCACGAGUGUUGCUCAAAUUCAAAUUUGCUCAAAUCGGUUAUUGAUUCAAUUUGUUUUCAAAGCGUGAUUUAUGAAUAAAAAAAUCAAUUUUAUUUCGGGAUUUAUAAGUAUUGUGUUAUAUAGUAAUAUAUGGUAAUAUAGUAAAAUUCAAGCAAUGUGCAAUGUGUCAAAAAUGUUUUCACGAAUCAACUAAAGUUCGUGAAUGAUUCUUAAAUUUGUCACUUCUUCAAUUUUGAUUUCUCACUACGUCAAAGAAAAGGGAUUCAUCUGGUUACAUUGAAAAGUGAUAACAGAACAAGAGACGAGAAACAUAAAUUACAUGCUACAAGCACGUGUAAGCAUAGAAGGAAAGAGAGCACAGUUUACCUCUCCAAAGAUAUUAAAGAGAUGGAUGAAGGAAGGCGAAUAGCAAGCAAACGAAUAUGCUUCUUCUCUUUUCCUUUCUCACUAUACACUAAGGGGCAGCUGGGAACAAAAUAUAGUCAAAAAUCCUGUUUGUCUCAUUUAUAAUUUUAUUUGAAUAGAAGAAACAAAUGUGAAUGGUAUGAAAAUAAAAACGUUUUAUUCUUUUUCAGUAAAAUUUUAAAUUUAUAAAUAACAACAUAGUUUAUACAUAAACAAUUACUUUGAAGGCAAUUUUUAUACAUAAAGAUUCAAACUAAUUGUUUUGUUAGCAGUAUAUGAUCGGGAUUCAAUUUUCGUACAAAUUUAUUGAAAAUAAUAAGUGAACAAAACAAAUAUCAUGGCGAACAUUACACUUUUGUCCAUACUGUUCCCAGUGUGCCUUAGUUAAAACCACGAAGCGCUCGCACGUGGGGUUGAACGGAAUUGUUAUUAUUUUGAUCGAAUCAGUCGUCGCGAGAAGAUCGUCUGCUUGGUGCGGCGGCAGCGUGUUGCUGCCGGUGCUGUUGCACUAGGCCGCAACGCGUUAUAAUUCGCGUAUGUUUUUUUUCAUCUUCGGAAUGGUUGUCGUUUAUGUCGUGCCGGAAAGGUGUGGAGAAACGAUGCGUCCUUUCAACCAUUUCAAUGAUGAGCAGAGGAGUAGAGCAUAGAAAGUGAUGUAGUGUGGUGUUGUGUGUUCCAUCGUGCCUUUUACAACCGGCGUUUGGUUUUUCCCCCUUGCGUCGUUCUACUACCACAAAAGCGAUUGACAGCUGUCAUAUUAGCUGUUAACUAGCUUCCAAGCGCAUGUCCUGUGCAAUGGUGGAAACGCGAUCAAAUUACAACUUCACAGUCGACCGCAUGGCUGUUAAUGGCGGAAAUGCGGAUGUAAAUAAAUUAGCACCUAAUAGUUUGGCUGACUGUACCAUCCGAAUGCUACCGGAAACUGAUCCAGAUUAGUUGUUAGUGAAGUUUAUGGAAAAUUUCCUUUCAAGCGUUUUUGUGAUAAAUGGUAACGAUAAAAUGUAGAUGAAUAGUGCCUGAUUUACUCGUGUGUUAUACUGAAAGGUUUUGUACAUAGUUAGCCGUAAUGAUGAAUAAUUCUUAAACAGUCGUUCCCCGAUUAAUGUAGUGUUUUGUGUUGAUAAUGGUGAAAUUCAAAUAUAAAAGUUCUUAAUGCGGCGAUGAAAUAAUAUUGCUUAAAAGUGUGUGCAUAUGUUAUACUUAAUCUGUGAGCUAAAGUUCAAUCUUGGGAUACAGUUUGUUUAUGAUCACAACAAAAAAUGGAAAAUCCUCAAAAAAUCCUCAGACCAAACCGAUUAUAGUAGAACCGAUCGAUUUCGAAGCGUUUGUGCUGAAAAACAGAACACUCAUACAGAACGAUCCCCAGCGAGAGUUGCUGCUUUAUCCGAACGAUGACGUAUCGGAAAUUCUACAGCCAAAGAAAUUUCGCACCGUACAUAGUAACAUUCCUGGACACGUGCCCAAACACCAAUCGGUGGUUACCAACACCAAUGGAUCGAGCAAACGUGGCAGUGAAAGUGGUUCGGCGUCCAGCAGUCAAAACGGCACACCGACUAGCAAUCGAUCGCAAUCGUCAGUGUCGGCAGGUUCCGGCGUACCGACGGUGGGCGGCCUUUUGCUUACCCGCCAGGCAUUGCACACGUACGACUCACCAAACCACCUUAUCCAUUACAAAUAUAGCAAAUACGGCGGGACAUGCUACGAUCUGCCACGAAUAUCCCCGUCAGAAGAGUUGCGCGAAGAGGUGUACGAGGUAGAUACUGAUCCAGACCGGUUGGAUGAACAAAUGACACGAUCGCAAGCCGACACGAUCGCCAAGCAGGGUUAUCUCUUCAAAGGUCCGGACACCAAUUCCGACCGCAUGUUCGCCCACAUCGGGUCGAAAUCUUUCAAGAAGCGCUACUGCUAUCUGCGCCAGGAGAUCGACGGCACGUACAUCCUCGAGCUGCACAAGGAUGAGAAACAGGCCGAAGCGAAGGCAACAAUAGUGAUGGACUUUUGCACCGAAGUGGUACCGAACCCGAAGAAGGGUCGCUUUUGCUUUGAGCUGAAGAUGAAAAUGAACGAAGGACAGCAUGGCAAAUCGGUCACGUUGGCAGCGGAUGACGAAAGCGAGAUGGAGGAUUGGUUGCGCAAAAUCUCGUCCGUGCUGCAACAGAACAAGCUGCAGGAAGAUAAGCGUGUUGCUUCGCUGGAACGUGCUGCUGCACCGCUCCUACCGGCCAGCCCAAGCACUAUGCAGUACGGUACGCUGAAGGGGCUGGAACAGAGCAUGAAUCCUCAGCUGAAUCGGUACGCACGGGAAACGGAUCAAUCGAUCGCGCAGGCACGACGAGACAAUCGGAAACGUCUGUUUGGUGGUCAACAGUUGCUCUAUCUACAAUCUGGUGGCAAUAUCGGUGGUGGAAUGAAAGCCAACUCAACAUCCGGAGGUAUAACGCCAGGAUUAAGCAAAUCGGAAGCAUUCAUCGAACCGUACCGGGCGCAAUUUGGACAGCGGAUUUUGAUCAAGUGUGAUUCGUUGCGCUUCCGACUAUUAGGCCCAAUCGAUGGAGUACAUGGACCACCUGCGCAAGAUUCUGAAGCACCUCUCUGUCAGAUUGAACCAUACCUCACAAGCGUAGCAUUAUAUGAUGCAAGAACCGGACGAAAGUUGAGUGAAAAUUUCUACUUCGAUCUUAACAAGGACCACGUGCAAGAACUACUAACCGGUAGCUGCAGAGCAGAACGUCCACUUUGUGCAUCUCCGAAGGCAACGAACAAAUCUCAUCAAAAUGGCCACGGCACACUAAAACCAGCCCGGGCGAAAUGCGACACCAGUGACGAACUGCAUCUACAUUCCGAAGCGGUCACAAAAGAGUGGAUGUCCCGUGCGAAACAGGCUGUCUUCAAUGUUACCGUUCCCCAUGCGGAUAUAUUCAUCGUCGUGCGUAUAGACAAAAUCUUGCAGGGUGCCAUCAAUCCUUCCGUCGAGCCAUACCUAAAGACUACCAAAGAUCCGAAGGUGUUAUGCAAAUUGCAGAAGGCGAUUAAGCAGUACGCACAAAAGUGUGGUCAUUAUCGAAUGCCGUUCGCAUGGGCCGCUAGGCCACUGUUUCAACUCUACAGCAACGAUCUGGACACGUCGUACGAGUUUCCUGCCAUUUAUCGGCAGGAGGGUACAAAGUUGAAAGAUGAAGAGCUGCUGAAGUUGCUGUCCGAGUAUAGGAAACCGGACAAAUUCAGCAAACUGACUGUGAUACCAGGGUCAUUGAAGAUUUACAUUGAAGCGCUAAACGAACUGCCCAACAACUGCCUUACAAACAGUUUGGUCCCGUUGAAUCCAUUCCCAAUCCCACCAGUAGCUGACCCGACGCUAGAAGUUACAGAAUUUGCCAACAGCUCCGACCAAUACCUCCAUCCGUUCGUCCAUUUCGUGAACCAUUUGUUUGUGUAUCCUCUACAUUUGAACUAUGAUAGCCAAAAAAUUUUCUCCCGAGCUCGUAACUUGGCUGUGAUCGUAGAGCUUCGUGAUAGCGAUACGGCCGAAGCCAAAUCUAUUGAGUGUAUUUACGGACGGCCUGGUCAGGAUCAACUGGUCUCACAAAUGUCUUGCCCAGUGCUGCAUCAUAACACAAGCCCAACUUGGUACGAGGAGAUCAAGUUGCGUCUUCCGCUCAACAUUACUUCACAGCACCAUCUGCUGUUUUCCUUCUUCCACGUGUCGUGCAAUAUUGCGAAAAAGAAAGAUCUUACUACCAUCAGCACCGAGACACCGGUCGGAUUCGCUUGGUUACCAUUGCUCACGAAGGGUAAAAUUAAUGUCGAGGAACAGUGUCUUCCAGUGGCGGCCACAUUGCCCGUAGGCUAUUUGUCGAUUCAGCCACUCGGGUUAGGAAAAGGGCAGAAUGCCGGUCCCGAUGUGCAGUGGAUCGAUAAUCAGCGUCCGAUCUUUACCAUCAGCCUAAGGUUGGACUCCACCGUAUUGACAACCGAUCAGCAUCUGCACAAUCUUUUCCUGCACGCCGAACGAUUGUUGGAACAUUCGAAAACGGUUGCUCCCCCGGAUACAACGGAAACGUGCAAAAUCCUGAAAGCAGCACAUGCCAUACAGAUCGGUUCGCUGAUCACCUUUCUACCAACGAUACUGAAUCAGCUGUUUUCACUACUGGUGGCCACAAACAGUGAGGAAGUCGGGCUGAACAUCAUACGUCUGCUGGUCAAUCUAUUUCACAUGGUAGCGGAGGAAGCAAAACGAAAGGAACUGCUAAUGGCGUACGUGAAGUACGUUUAUCGCAUCGACAGCCAACCAGUAAACGGUAGCUCUCCGACGUCACAAAGCGUAAACACCGUACACGGCGAAUUGUGUCGCCAUCUGCCAACGCUACUGCACCCAAACAAUACGGACUUUUUGCUGGUGAAUAAGUUUAUGAAAUUUUCCGGAAUUUUCUUCGAAGUAAUUGUAAAAAGCAUGGCCCAAUAUCUCCUUUCGACUGGGCGCAUUAAGAUGCAACGGAAUGAACGAUUUCCGAAAGAGUUUUGUACCCGUAUUGAAGCAUUGUUUCAAGUACUCGUCCCUUACAUAAAUUCCCGCCAUAAGGAUCUUCCAAUGGAAACGGAACAGCUGAACCAAAGUCUCUCGGUGUUUGUCAAGCGCUGCCUUUCAUUCAUGGAUCGUGGGUUCGUGUUUCGGCUCAUACGACUGUAUAUGGAUCGUUGGGGUCCGGGCGAUUCACGUAUCCUCCAGGAGUACAAGUUUAGUUUCCUGCGGGAAGUUUGUGCACACGAGCACUAUGUUCCGCUCAACCUGCCCUUCAUGCUAACGCCCAACAACCGUGCUCCGGACUUGCUGCAACAAUUCUGCCUGUCGGAGGAGUACUGUCGGCAACACUUUCUCGUAGGAAUAUUGCUACAGGAAGUGAAAAGCUCGCUAAAUGAAGUUAGUCACAUCAGGCGUAUGGGGCUGGUCACAUUGAAGGAACUGUUGGCCAAACACGACCUAGACGAUCGGUACCAAAACAAGGGACAAUUGAGCCGGCUAGCGAUGUUGUAUGUACCCUGGUUGGGUAUUGUGCUGGAGAAUCUGAACCGCAUUUCCGAUGGUAUGGAACGAAAAGGAAAGCAUGUCACGGUCGGUACGAACCGGAUGUCGUGCAGCAGUAGUUAUGUGUUUGCACGCGAUUCACUGUCCACGUUGCCGACUGCAACUCCGUCAACCGUAACAUCACAAACAAGCACACCAAAGUCCCGUUCGAACCGGGUAACGAUGUUCAUGGAGUACACGAGUCCGAUUCGAUCUUCGCUGCAUUUGAAAGAUACGAGUUUUCUGGCGGCAAUAGCCGGACAAUCGGCAGGCCUCUCGAAUGGACACUCAAGCAGCUCACUCAACUCUGAGUGUUCUACGCUGUCGCAGGACGGUACCGUGGUUAUACGGAAUCAGUUCAACGAAUCGUACGCUAACUCAGCCCGUCCGAGUCACGCACGUUCGGUGAGCGUGACCCAGCCAACCAUCAUCCAGCGGACGGAUAAAUUUUCUGUGUCCGAAACCAAAGAUUUGUUAAUUAGCUUCCUGUUCGUUGUAAAGCACCUGUCACCGGAGCACAUGAUCGCCUGGUGGCACAACUGUACCGAGAGCGAAACGGUACAGUUCUUCACUGUGCUCGAUCUGUGCCUGCUGUACUUCCGUUAUGUGGGCAAAAAGCAUAUACACGUGCCGGCUGAAGGAGGACGAGAUACGAAGAGUAGUAAAGCGGCCAAGGCAAGCACUCUACCUGCCCGAGUACUUCCACCGAGCAUUACGAAUGGCAGUGAGUCUGGGUUUGAAUCUGGUACCCUAAAUCAUACGGCAAAUCGGGAGAAUCUGGUCGAAGAAACAUUGCGCUUAAAGCAAGCUCUGUACGAAUCGAACUUGGCGACCGAAAUCGGACUAAUCGUGCUCGAUUGUAUGGGACUGUAUUCAGUGCAGUUUCGCGACUCAAUGAUAGAAGGAACAGUUCUACCAAAGAUUGCACGGGUUUACUUACGCUUUCUUCAGCUCGGCCAAUCGGAAUCGCUUUCGAAGCAUGUAUUUGCGGCACUGCGCGCGUUCAUCAAUAACUUCUCGCAAGCUUUGUUCAAAGGCACGGCCGUGCUCUGCGGACAGCUUGUGUACGAGUUGCUCAAGUGCUGCGACAGUCGGCUUUCUAGUUUGCGCCAGGAGGCAUGUGCCGUGCUCUAUCUGCUGAUGCGCAGUAACUUUGAGUUUAGUGGACGCAAAGGACUUACGCGCGUACAUCUGCAAGUGAUCAUUUCGGUGUCGCAGAUGAUCGGCAAUGUGAUCGGGCUGAACAAUGCACGCUUUCAGGAAUCGUUGUCUACCAUCAAUAACUAUGCCAGCAGUGACAAGGCGAUGAAAGGAACCGGGUUCCCAAUGGAGGUGAAGGAUUUGACACGUCGUGUCCGAACCGUUCUUAUGGCUACGGCACAAAUGCAAGCUCAUCAUAUGGAUCCGGAACGAUUGCUGGAAUUGCAACACUCGCUUGCCAACUCGUAUGCCUCCACGCCCGAGUUGCGUCAAACGUGGUUAACGACAAUGGCCAACAAUCAUCUGCAAAAUGGAAACAUUUCCGAAGCUGCCUGCUGUUAUCUGCAUAUUGCCGCACUGGUUUCCGAGUAUCUUAAGCUGAAGGGCUGUUGUGCGGUAGCACAAGGUGCGGAAUCUUUUGCACGUAUCUCACGCAAUAUACCACGGGAUGAGAAGGGACUGAAGCUGGACAGUGGCACACAGGACUCACAGUACACGGAACAGUUUCUGCUCGAACGGUUGAAGGAGUGUGCCGAGUAUUUGGAUCGUUCCGAGCGUCUCGAAUGUUUGGGUGAACUGUAUCGGUUAAUCAUUCCGAUACUGGAAUCCCGAAGGGACUAUCACGGCCUUACGCAGUGUUACGAACAUCUGACGCAAGCAUACAACCGUGUGAUUGAGUUCAACAAAUCGGGAAAACGUUUGCUGGGACGAUUCUAUCGAGUGAUAUUCUUCAGUCAGGUUUACUUUGAGGAAGAAAAUGGCGUUGAGUACAUUUAUAAAGAACCAAAGGUAACAUCGUUGAGCGAAAUUUCCGAACGGUUGCACAAACAGUAUCGGGAUAAAUUUGGUGCAGAUAACGUGAAGAUAUUGAUGGAUUCGGCACCGGUUGAUCAAUCGACACUCGAUCCAAAGAUCGCUUACAUCCAGGUCACCCAUGUUACGCCAUACUACUGCAAAGACGAGCUAGAAAUGAGGCCAACAGAAUUCGAACAAAACCAUGAUGUGGACACGUUCAUGUACGAAACACCAUUUACACCAUCCGGAUCUGCCCACGGUGUCGUUGAAGAUCAAUGGAAACGAAGAACCGUUUUGACGACGCUCCAUAGCUUUCCAUACGUUUUGAAACGUAUCCCAGUUCGCGAUCGGCAAUCGCAAGAGCUCAGCCCGAUCGAAGUUGCAAUUGAUGAGAUGCAGACCAAAAUUGCCGAGCUGGAGGAAAUUGUUAUGGGACCAAUCGAUCUGAAGAAACUGCAGCUGCGGCUCCAGGGCAGUGUUGCCGUAACGGUGAAUGCUGGUCCACUGGCAUAUGCAUCCGCCUUUCUCGAUCCGACCAAACCGUGCAUCAAAAAGUACUCGUUGGAGAAAGUGGAAGAACUCAAGGAAGUGUUCCGUGAUUUUAUAAAAAUUUGCUACACGGUACUGCAAAUCAACGCAAACCUGAUUUCGUCCGAUCAACGCGAGUACCACAACGCACUGAAGGAGAAUUAUGAAAAUCUUUGCUCGGCGUUGAGUGAUCUGUUGGGGGAAAUCGUGUAUCCGCUGGAUGAUGGAAAUAAUAACGCUCAUCGGCACAGUUUAGCACUGUUCAGUGCUAUCAGUGGUGCUCCGACGAAUUCCAGCACGGCUUAGGUGUGUUACUGUUUCAAAUAAAAUUUGAAAAAGCUACAUCGCUUUAUUGACAAAUACAAUAGACGCACAACAAUCAGGAAAGAUCGGAUGAAUCGCAUUGGGAUUCACCAGUGAAAUGAGUGAGAUAAGGAAACAGUUAGCCCGUGUACACAAAACACAACAUAACACGUUUGCUCUUGCUUUAACAGCGCAGUAUAUUACCACAAAAAUAUGAAAACUUUUAACAGUAUGCUUCACACAAUUCUACAAAGUAGAUGUCAAUUUCUAUCCCAAUUAAACCAAACAUUCAUUGUGGUCAUGAUGGAUUUAUUACCAUGCUGUAUUUAAAAAAGGUUAGCGUAGUUCGUGUUGUUUCGUUUGAAAGAUUAAAAAUCAAAUUUUAACGAUGGUUUAACGAUUGAAAAAUUUUGCAUGAACACUUUGAUAUUAUUCUACAAAACAAAUACACGCUUAGCGGAUGUAUUCCUAUUUUUCAUGCUAAUGUUUGAACUCGUUACUUGCAACUUCCAUGUUCGUGCAACAACCUAUCGUUAUGGGGAACUUCCAAUAUUUGAAGGCCCACACCAUAUCCAACACAGUAAAACUACAUUUCUCUUGGGAACGACAUAGUAAAAGCAUUUAUAAGAGUCAAAAAGAAAAGAUUAAAAAAAACCACUAAUUAAAGGCAUUCAAAUCUUUAGGAGAAAAAUCUAACACGAUCGAACCAACCAGCCACAAUACUGUGGCGGGUCGAUACGGGUUGAAUUUUUCAAAUUGGAACUUACCUCGCAUAACUUAGUUUCAGUUUUUGUGGUCCUAUUUGUGUAAUUGGAAAACGAAACGAACGAAGAUCAGAACGCAUACGUUAGUGCUAGGGAUGAAAUGAUUCGUAGCAACAAAAAAAACAACUUGUCUGUACAUAUUUAUGUUGUGAAAGUGCAGCCGAAUUUUCGCAAAAACAAAAAAAAAUUGUGACGUUUCGAGAACGUACAGCAAUCUGUCGGCAGGGCACAUUAUGAUCGUGCCCAUUUCUAAACCGUGUGACCAUACAUUUGCCAAGCACAGAACACAAUCAGUUAGCACCGGCUUAGCAAUGGAAUAUUCUUUCUGAUUUGAAAGAACAAUAGUUCCGGUACAUGGUUAGGUUUUCUCGUGUAUGUAUUAUAUAUGUAAUGAUUUCCUGUAUAUUUUACGUUAAGUAUUUCGUUAUUCUUUGUAAGAAUGUGCCCGUACAAGCCACAGCCAUUAUUACCCGUAGAAUGUAUAACAUUGAACGUCCUUGAAAGAAGCUCGCUCAAAGGUAAACCUAACCGAAACAUGUAAUGCUUCCUAUCGUACUGUGUAGCGCAGCGCUAAACCGUUCAAUACACAGCCUCAGUCUCAGACAGUAAAGACUGCCAGCCGAAGGCAAGAACUAAUGACUCAAUUUUAUCGAAUCUUACACAAACACCUUUUUAGAAUCUUUGCACCGAUUUUAAAAACCUUUCCAUUUAACCACUAUACACAAAACUUUAACGCUAUACGGACAUAUAGUUACAGGAAUGCAUUUUACCCGCUUUAGUUUUUAUGUAGGUAGUUUAUAAUUAUAGAUAAAAUUUUAAAGCUUAGCGUGAUAGCCAUGUCCGCUUCACAAAAAAAACUGUAAGGUAAAACACCAGCAAAUACAGUGACCGUUAGUCUGCUUCAUCGUAUAAGAGGCAUCCGAUGGUAAGGCCAAACCAAUGGCACAACCGGAUGGCAGACAAUCGCAAGAUCACAAUUGAUCGUUUUCACCUAUUUUACGUUUUUGCAUUUCGUGAUGAUUAUUAAUUUAGGGUUAAACCACCUACAUAUUCACAAUAUUGAUUGUUUUAGCAGGAUUGAGUAUGUUGGGAAAUUUAUUUAUGAAAGCUUUGCUCGAAAAGUAGCUAGCCCUAUGUAUGUGCGUAUGUCUUUUAGAUUAAUUUUAAAUCCGUAAACUAUUUUCAACAAACGCCCAAUGAAUAUACAGCUUUGCGCCUAGUCAGAAACAAUGCAUCUUUGUUCGUGUGCAUAUUCAGGCGAUGCUGUGUAAGUUGCAUCAUUAAUGUCCCGCCAUUCUUGCUCUGUCGUGUAUCCCUUCCGGAUCGCUUUGACUUGCUUUUCUCUUCGUCCCCAACUGCUGACGGAAGCUGCUGCACUUAUGAAUCUUUCAAGCUUAUAGUAUAAUAUGUAUGUAUGAUAAACAUUUGUUGUUAAAUAUUAUGCGUAAUAUAGGGCUAUGUUUAAACAUUAUGUAUCGAUUGUGGACCAUAUGUAGUGCAAAGCGCGUUUCUUGUCGCAUUUUGUCUUUGUUAGUCAAUGUCCUGUUUGUUUUUCACAGCGGGUUCAGAACAGUGUAUUUCAUUUGUAUCGUAUUUGUCUAAUUACUAUCUUUUUGCGAACAAACAAUGUCAAACACCUAUCCUAUGCAAUGGAACCGUAAAACUCACAACGCUUUGGGAUAAAUGUUGCCAGGUUGCUGAAUGAUAAAAAUUUAAAAGUUACAAUAAAAGUUUCACAGUGAGCAACAACUUACAAACAACUUACAAGCAAACAAAGAAAACCCAUGACUGCACUAUAUGCAAACUGGAAUUACUCAGCUAGAAGUUAAGUAGGUCAUAUUCAAUGAUAUAUACACACAUUUGCAUAUACAUAUAUACACUUUUUCAGCAAAGUGAUUGAAAUUAGGAAAAAACAGAAAAGGAAAACAUUAAUUCAAAAUAAAUGUACGCUGUGUGGGAAAUUUUCAUACACACCAAAUUUGCAAAACAAACUACAAUUCUCUCCCUCUGUAUACCGCGCACCAGCUGGUGUGGGUUUAUAUCAAAUAAACAAUAGUAGGAUCAUUAUUCCUGGACGACU